AUGAUAUAUAAAUUAAUACAAAGAGUUUCCUAUUUCGAUACCUUUGGUGCUGAAGUAAAGUUGAAUUUCAGAAAAAAAGAAACUCAUCAAUCUCCAUUUGGUGGCUUUUGUACAAUCCUAAUGGUAGCUGUUUUGGCUAUUGUUUUUAUAUAAGGAGCAAUCAGUCUAAUAAAACAAGAAACAUUCACUGUACCAUUAUUUAAUAAUCUAUGGAGAUCUCAUCCAAUAAAGUAUUGAACAUUGAUCCUCCUUCCACUAUACUUAAUUACAAUGAUUACAUGAUGGCAUUUUAAGUAGAGAAUCCAAUAAUCAAUGGAACUAAACAAUUAAUAGAUUUUACCUAUACAUAAUAUGAACAAAACCUUAAUGAAAAUGGUACUCUGAAUAAAAUUGAAAAGUACUCAUUACCACUUGAAUAAUGUACUGUAGACCAUUUUCAAGACUUCAAUCAAUCCACUGUCUAUAAUGUACUUCUUAUCUCAUAACUCUAGAAAAUACUCAAGGACUAACUCCAUGGCUAUUAUUGUCUCCCACUUAAUUAUAAACUUAAUCUUGAAGGCACCUAUAAAUCUAAUACGUUUUAAUAUGGUAGAAUUACUGCUCUACUUUGCUCCUCUAACACUUGCUAUUCAUCUUAGGAGAUUUAGUAAUUCUAACUCUAGGGCUAUUUCAAUAAUAGUUUUAAAAUCAACACUUUAAUGCUCAAUCGAGUAUCUAAUCUAAAUUUAUAAUCAAAUUAUAUUUCCUACAUCUAUUCAGAUUUCUAUAUUUCCACCAAACUUGGACUUGAAACCAAAACAGAUGUCUAUCUUGAAAAAUAAACUAUGAAAAUCGAAAACUCUGUAGUUCCAGGAAUCAAGGAUAUCAACUAUUAACAUGUGUUCUCCAUUGUUGAAAAUAAAUUAACUCCAAAUGCUGUCUAUACUUCCAACAUUACUAAAGUUGCAUCUUUCUAUAUAAGACUAUCAUAAUCUGAAACGCAAUAUUUAAAAUAAUAUUAUCGAGUUGAUGAACUCAUCUCUUAUGUUGGUGGCAUUACUAAAUUUUUAGCCACUGUUUUGGGAUACUUUAUACUACGAUAUAAUGAAACUGGUUUAUAAAUCAAAAUGGCAAAUGCUUUAUAUUAAUUUGAUAUGCCUGAAAAAAAAAAAGGAGAAUUAGUCUUCUCCUUUUAAUCUUUGGUUACUAAAAUAAUUGAUUCUAUGAAGUCAGUUGAUGAUGUAGUUCAAAAAUUUAAACAUAGUGCUCAUAGAGUUAUUCAUAUGACUAGAGUUGCAACAGCAUUAAAACUACCAAUCAGCUCUACAUAAUAAUAUGAUUAAAAAGAAUAAGACAAUGUUAGUGUUCAUACUCAUAGAGUAUAAAUAAUGAGUCAUGAUGUUCAUUACGGUAAUUUAAAAUCAGAAAAAUCUAUUGAUCAAACUCAUGAGAAUCAUCAUUAGCCAAAUUUAGAUAAAGAUAAAGAGAAAUUCUUAGAUUAAUUUAUUAAAUUAAUUUUGGAAAGUAAAAAGAAAUUAUCAUUUGGAGUACUUUUUAUAGUUAAAUAAGUUUGCGAUUCAUUCAAAAAGAAGAGUACCACAAAUUAUUAAGCAAGAAUAUUUGAAAAAUCAAGAAAAAUGAUAUUAACAGAUAUGGAUAUAUUAGUUGUUUUGAAUAAGCUCUAAGAAAUAGAGAAGUUCAAAUAUAUAUUUUUAAAUAAAACAUAAAGGAAAGUCUUUAAUUAUUUACCAAAACCAGUUGUUUUUGUGGGUGAAAAUCAAUAGAAUAGAUAAGAAGUUAGACAUAUUGAUGAUCACCUGUCAGAGAAUGAUAUGGCAAAUAAAAAAAAUGAUAUGUUAAAAUUAAAGAGCAGUUCUAAGAGUUUAUUAGGUGGUAGAUAAACCUUUAAUACAGAAAAAAAAUUUAAGAGAUUGUAUAAAGCUUAUGAAAGUUUAGCUUUGAAUGAAAAUAAUUAUAAUAAUGAAGAUUGCUAAUAUUAGUAAUUCUAAGAUAAUGUUGAUUAGAAUAAUGAGAAUACAGAAUAAUCAUUAAAUAAAAGAUUAUUAAAAAUGGUAGAACCUACUAUUUAAUAUAGUUUCAAUUCACUUAUUGAAUUAGAAAAGAUUUCAAGAUAGAGUAAAAAUAAGAAAAAGAAAGUGAUAACUCCAGCUCUUAAAAAUCGAAUGGUACAAUUAGAUUCUUAGAAUGAAGAAGGAGAAGAGGAUAAUGAUAAUGAUAAUGAUAUGGAUUGUAUAACUUUAAAAGGUUCAAAGAGGGAUUAAUAAACAAGACGAUCACCAAAUAGUUUAAGUAAUUUUAAUCUAAAGAAAACUCAUUAAACUCUGGCAAGUAGUGGAAGACAACAUUAAGAGAUCAAGUUAACAAAGAUUUAAUCCAAAUAAGACUUAAUAGAUAUUGAAGUAUUCAGUUCAUGA